AUGUCAUUUGCAAAAAAUUUCAUUCGACCCAAAUUUACAUUAACAACUAAUACAUUACCUCUUGAAAUUUUAAAAUUUCAAACUUUCAGUAAUAAAAAUUUUCAAAGAGGGGAACUUAGUAAUAGUUUUAUACAAAAAAGAUGGGCAACAAAAAAAGCAGGUGGUUCAACACAUAAUGGACGUGAUUCUGCCGGGAGAAGAUUAGGAGUAAAAUGUGGAAAAGAUGAUACAUUAUAUGCGAUACAAUCAGGAUUUGUACGAUUUUAUAGGGAUCCCAAAAAACCAAAAAAAAGAUUAGUAGGGAUAGUUUUUGAUCGUAAUGAUAAAUUACCUAGAUUACCGACUGAGCCAAGAUCACGUAAAUUUGAGUUUAUUGAUUUAGUGUCAUAUAGGAAUGAGUUGAAAUUAUCAAGAGAAAAGGCGGCAUCAAAAAAACUUGAAAAUUAA